AUGGCGGGAAGAGGUGAGUUGAGGGGGGUACUGUAGAAUACUGUAGGAAUAAUUUUGAAUACUGUAGAUCUACUGGAUCUUCAAGUUCCCAAAACUCUCUGAAAAUUGCAGUUUCAGCAAGCAAAGAAGCAUCAUCAAUGAAUCAAGCUGGAAGAGUUUCAAGAAUGGAUACAAUCGGAACUGACACUCCAAUAAGUAAAGCGAAAAAUGCGAGAGCAAGAAAAGGCUCCGCAACUCCAGCAAUGAAACAGAAGAAAAAUAAAACAAGUGUGGUUGAAGAUCCGGAUGAUGAUAAUGGAAAUACUGGAAAUACUGGAAAUAAAAAACAGAAUUUAACGAAAAAACGAAAAAAAGGUCCGCUAGAUUGUGGGGAUAAUAUCGAAUUAUCAAAUGUGACUUAUCAAAUUCAAAAACUUAUUCGAAAUCCAGGGCCGAAUGCGGAAUAUUAUUUGACUGAGGGAACUGCUGAGAAGGUUUUGAGAUUGAGUCCGAAGGGAAAGAAUAAACUGAAAUAUUGUUUUGAGAUUUUGAAGAAGGUUCGAGAGACGAAUACGGCUAGUGAGAAAUGGUUUUAUUUGGAUGCGGUGGAUUCGGGACAAUAUCAGAAGUUUGAUGUGGGUUUGGACUCCAAACCCUGGAGCAGCGGAAAAUAUUUUUGAAUUUUUGAAUUUCGCGCAAAAAAAAUUCGAAUAUUUUUGAGAGAAAUUUUGAUUCCUCAAAAAUCCACGUGGCAGGGAUUUUUCAAACAAUUUUUGAAUUUAACAAACUCGCGCCAAAACCAAUAUUUAAAAUUUUUAGGAUUUUUGAAAAUCAAAAAUUUUUGGAAUUGUAAAUUUUGAUCGCCUGAAAUUCUCUGAAAAUUUUCUGAAUUUCCACGUGGCAAUCAAAAAAAAUUCGAAACAAAAACAAAAUUUUUGAAAACUUUCAGAAAAAGAUGAAAAUUUGAAGAAAAAAGGCUUAAAAAUGCCACGUGGAUUUUUUUCGCGAAAUGUGAGAAUUCAAAAAUUUAGGAAAAACUGCCACGUGGAUUUUUUCCACGAAAUUUGAGAUUUCAAAAAUUCACAAAAAAUUUUUUUUUAGAAAAAUAUGCCACGUGGAUUUCUUGGCGGGAAAUUUGAGAAUUCAAAAAUUUAGGAAAAAAUUUGGUGCUUCAAAAAUAAAUGCCACCUGGAUUUUUUUAAAUCUCAAAUUUUCGAAUUGGGUUUCAAAAUCCAUGUGGAUUUCUUAGCGCGAAAUUUGAAAAUUCAAAAAUAUUGGUUUUGAUGCAGAAUUUAAGAAAAAUAGCCUAAAAAUGCCACGUGGAGUUAUUGGCGCGAAGUUUUAAAAAUUCAAAAAUUCAAAAAUUUAGGAAAAAAUUUGGUGCUUAAAAAUAAAUGCCACCUGGAUUUUUUAAAUCUCAAAUUUUUCGAAUUGGGUUUCAAAAUCCACGUGGAUUUUCAGCACGAAAUUUGAAAAUGAAAAAAUUUAGGAAAAAAUGCCACGUGGAUUUUUUUUCGCGAAAAAUUUCAAAAAUUAAAACAUUUUUGUCAAAAUUUGCCACGUGGAUUUCUUGCCUUCAAAUUUUUCCCUGCAUAUUUGAAUUUUUGAAUUUCGCGGCAAAAUCAAUCAUUUUAAAGCUCAAAAAAAUGCCACGUGGAUUUCUCGGCCCCCAAAACUUCAAAAAACUAAACUUUUUGCAGUACCUAAUCACAUCUUCCUACAACAUUCAACUCUACGAAGUGCACCGCGCUUUGAAUCGAGUUUUCACCCGUGAUUGUGUCAUGAACAUCGCCUACCAAACCCUCGAAUCAAUCCGCGCACUUCACAAUGCUGGAUUCAUCAAUCGAAACAUCAAACCAGCUUCAUUCUCGAUCGGACCAACAUCUAAAGAUCAUCUAGUUUGUAUGUCAGAUUUUCGAAUCACUCGAAAACAUAUCGACGAAGCAACACAGAAGCCGCGAGCAAUUCGCCCAAAAAUUGAAUAUAUCGGAACUGCACGAUAUGCGAGUAUUUCCAGCUUGAAAGGUUUGGAACAGGGAAGACGAGAUGAUUUGGAAGCGUGGCUUUAUAUGAUCUUAUGA